AUGAUCUACGCUCCUAUCGCCAAGACUCAGCUCGAGUGGUACGCCUCGCUCAACCCGCUCGAACACGGCGUCGACAACAAGUUCUUCCGUAAGACCUCGAUCAUCGCUACUAUCGGCCCCAAGACCAACAAUGUCGAGACCCUCGGCGCUCUCCGCCAGGCUGGUAUGAACAUUGUCCGUCUCAAUGCUUCGCAUGGCUCGCACGAGUACUUCAAGUCGGUCGUCGACAACGCCCGCGCCGUCGUCGCUCAGACCCCUGGCCGUCCCCUGGCCAUCGCCCUUGACACCAAGGGCCCCGAGAUGCGAACCGGUGUCAUGGUCAACGGCGAGGACGUCAAGAUCGCCAUGGGCCACGAGUUUUACGUUACCACCGACGACGCCUACGCUGAGAAGUGCAGCCUCGAGUACCUGUACAUUGACUACAAGAACCUCGCCCAGAAGGUCGAGGUGGGCCGAACCAUCUUCAUUGACGACGGUAUCCUCUCGCUCCAGGUGGUUGCCAUCGAGAGCGACAAGCUCGUCAAGGUGCGCGCAGUCAACAAUGGCGUGCUUUCGUCCAAGAAGGGUGUCAACCUGCCCAUGACCGAGGUCGACCUCCCCGCCAUCUCGGAAAAGGACCGAAAGGACAUUGAAUUUGCCGUCGAGCAGGACCUCGACAUGAUCUUUGCCUCGUUCAUCCGACGUGGUAGCGACGUGCGCACCAUCCGCGAGAUUCUUGGCGAGAAGGGCGCCCACAUCAAGAUCAUCUCCAAGGUCGAGAACCACCAGGGUGUUCAGAACUUUGACGAGAUCCUCAAGGAGUCGGACGGUAUCAUGGUCGCCCGUGGUGACCUGGGUAUCGAGAUCCCUGCUCCCCAGGUGUUCAUGGCCCAGAAGAUGAUGAUCUCCAAGUGCAACAUUGCCGGUAAGCCCGUCAUCUGCGCUACCCAGAUGCUUGAGUCGAUGAUUGUCAACAACCGACCCACGCGUGCCGAGGUUUCCGACGUUGCCAACGCUGUCCUUGACGGCGCCGACUGCGUCAUGCUUUCCGGAGAGACCGCCAAGGGUGCCUACCCCAUCGAGGCUGUCAAGAUGAUGGCCGAGACCGCCUACCUUGCCGAGCAGAGCGUUUCGUACGUGCCCCUCUUCAACGAGAUGCGCACGCUCACCACCAUCCCCACGGACACCAACGAGACCAUUGCCAUGGCUGCCGUCGCCGCUUCGCUCGAGCAGCACGCCGGUGCGAUUCUGCUUAUGUCGACCAGCGGCAACACGGCACGACUGGUCAGCAAGUACCGCCCUAGCUGCCCUAUCCUUACCAUCACGCGCAACCCGCACACCGCCCGUGACGUGCACUUGUACCGCGGCUGCUACCCCUUCCUCUACCCCCACCCUCGCCCCGAGGACAACUCCAAGUGGCAGGAGGACGUCGACAACCGCAUCAAGUAUGGUCUUGCUGAGGCGCUCGCUCUGGGAAUCAUCGAGAAGGGCGAUGUGGUCAUCACCCUGCAGGGCUGGAGGGCACAGAGCGGUAGCACCAACACCAUCCGCAUCCUCAGCGUGCCGGAGAGCGCUCGUGACUUCAAGCUCGAGGGCACCCAGAUCAACUAG